UCUUCGCAGAGUAGACAAGCGCGAUGGAGAGAGCGGCAGUGACCAGUUAUGACCAUGGACGGGUGUGGACAUUGGUUACGGUGCUGGCCAUGGUGGUGGGCGCCGGAGUAGAAGGCCAAUUCUACCAUCGCAACUGGUGUCACUGUGACCUUGACGCGUGCCUGGAGAAGGUUCUUGACGCUGUCCUCAACGAUAAAGCUGUACCAAACUGCCUCCCAGAACCAUCGAAAUUCAAGGAUGAAGAAGAGUCUGGUGGGGCCACGAAUAAUGCUGCUGAGAACGGCACUAACGCUGCAGAUAGUAAUAGUAACGACACGACCACGGCCAACAGCGGCACUAACGCUGCAGGUAGUGAUGCCACCCCUGCAGGUAGUGAUACCACUCCUGCAGGUAGUGAUGCCACCCCUGCAGGUAGUGAUACCACUCCUGCAGGUAGUGAUGCCACCCCUGCAGGUAGUGAUACCACUCCUGCAGGUAGUGAUGCCACCCCUGCAGGUAGUGUUACCACCCCUGCAUGUAGUGUUACCACCCCUGCAGGUAGUGUUACCACCCCUGCAGGCAGUGAUACCACUCCUGCAGGUAGUGUUACCACCAUUGCAGGUAGUGAUACCACCCCUGCAGGCAGUGAUGCCACUCCUGCAGGCAGUGAUACCACCCCUGCAGGCAGUGAUGCCACCACUGCAGGCAGUGAUGCCAUAACCACUGAGCCGACCACCACAACCACUGAGCCGAUCAUCACCACCACUGAGCCAACCACCACCACCGUCUUGGUUCUUCAAGGUAAGAUAGUAUUAUCCCUCACGGAUCAGAAUCAGAAUGGGUGAAGCUUUUAACAGGCAAACACCCACCUAAUAAACAAACCACCAAAGCAUUGAGUAUUUUUCCAGAUCAUUGAUCUUUAUAACUCAAUACACAAGAUAUUAUUUUCAAAAUUUCAUCCGAUUAGGACUCAAUUCAUUUCAUCCCACUUCGACUUUGU